CGGUUAUAUAGUCCCGGGCCCUAAAUAGGCAUGAAGGGAGCACUUGAUCAGUAAAACUUAAAAGACGAAGUGAGACUCGGAGCCUGCCAUUGCAUUGCUCAUGCACGAGGGUGGUCGCAUUUCGCUUUUGAAUUGUGCUCUGAAGAGCCUGGAAAGCUGUGAGAAAUCUCAAGCAAUCUGCGGAGAACCUGCUGGGAACUCUUGAAGGGGAAGUAUACUGCGUCCUUGCUGCGGACACUCUUCAAAUCAACUCCUUCUGAGUUCGAGGACCGUGCUAGCUGCGGUUAAUUAAUAUAAGAUAUGCCCGCUCUUUGGCUUAACCCAACCCACGCCAAUGCCAACCGAACCGUCGUCCUCAGUCUCUACCGCCAGCUCCUUAGAGAGCUCGACAGAAACUCCCUAGGCCUCGGCCUUCUCGCCCGGGAGUCGCGCAAGAACGAGCUGCGGGGGUUUUUCAUCCUGGGCCGCCAGGAAGAGUCCGUAUACAACAUAGAGAAGCUGCUUGAUACGGGGCGCUACGUGCUCGAGCAACUGAGGCAAGGAAAGGUCCCGACCGGCGAACGGCCCUUCUUCUAACGUGGCCACAUGGCCGCUGUCCAAGUCGUCCGAACGAGCUCCGUUUGUGGCGCCGUCCGAAACUCCUCUGUGAGCUGCCGUGCGAGCCCCUCGGGGCAGCCCCUCCCCGUGCCUAGUUACCGCCCCUCCGCCCCUGCUUUGCGCAGCCGCUUCCUCUCUAAGCCUUUCCUACCCUCCUUGGCCCCCAGCAAACUAGCGCGAGCCUCAAAAAGCCCCACUCGCGCCAGCGUUGACAUCAGCACCCCCUUUGGGACGGAGAUAACCACCGGCGGGGGGAAUGGCGUGCAACCGACCCCCGUCGACUCCAAGGGUGACCUCACCCCGCGGACCAGUCAGAUCCUGGACGUCCCGGUUCCGAGGGUUCUGAACGCGCGGCAAGUGUACGUCGCUGCCGCAAAGCUUGCGGUUGUUAAGGCGAAGUUGACGAACCUGAGGAUUUUCCUCCAAGCGAUAGUGGCUGGCGUUUUCAUCGCCCUCGGGGGGGCGCUUUUUCUGACGGUCGGGGGGGCGUGCCCCACGAUGCAGGCAAACAACCCUGGGCUUCACUCGUUCUUCAAGGGGCUCAUCGGGCUGCCGUUCGGAUUGACCCUCUGCGUCUUCACAGGUGUCGAGCUGUUCACAGGGAACACCAUGGUCAUGACCGCGGGCUGGCUGGACGGGCGCAUCUCCUUCGGGCAAGUCAUGCGCAACUGGCUCUUCAGCUACACGGGGAAUUUUUUCGGGUCGCUCCUGGCUGUGUGGGCCUUCUCCGUCGCUCAGAUCUUGCCGCAUGCCGCUAGCCAAGCCACGUCGAUCGGCCUGUCGGUUGCCAAGACUAGCUACCCCCUGGCGACGGUGUUUAUGAGGGGAAUACUCUGCAACUGGAUGGUCUGUAUGGCCGUCUGGAUCGCGAUCGCGUCCACCGACGGCGUCUCCAAGUACGUCGGCAUGUUCCUCACGAUCAGCUCCUUCGUGGCGUUGGGCUUCGAGCAUUCCGUCGCCAACAUGUUCAUCAUCCCCUAUGGAAUGCUUUUGGGCGCUAACGUCAGCUGGUCUCAAUACCUGCUGGGCAACCUGCUGCCGGUUAGUAUCGGGAACAUUAUCGGUGGCGCCUUUUGCAUGGCGGGAGUCAUGGGGUACUUCUACUCCGAGAACCUGAACAAGCCGAAAGAGGCUUGAGGUAGGUUGCAGUGAGUACAGUGUUGUCGCUUUGUGUGCGGAUUAGGGCCCAGGCGGAUGUGCGAAGCUGGUCACUUUUGUUGUGAAUUUGUCACUGUGCAACAUCUUCGGGCUUUGAAGUGUACAAAGCAGGUCGUCCUUGUAAGUAUAAAGUCUAGCUGAUUGAGGCUUCCUUAUGCAGCUGAGUGAUUUGAUUACUAGCUUUUCUGAGACAGUCAAGCAGAUACUCAAGAUACCCCGACACUGGCCGCUGGUGUUUCUCGGCCUUCACUUCAAGCUGAGCUAAGCAGGCUCGUUGCGACUCCGCACUUAUGAUUACGUUCAACGGUAUGUCACACAGCUAGGUCCGUGUGAUGUACGUACCGGCCAGUCAGUGACUGAGUUUUCGCGCUUGAAAACGCCGUUGGAUUUCAAUUUGCGGCGCAUUUGCGGCCG